AUGGCACAAGAGGUCCAUCUCAAUCACCGGCUUCAUGCCAGACAACUCCCUCCGCAACUCGACGUGGCUGCCUUCCAGCGCACAGAGUCUGCCUCGCCUAGCUCGUCCACCCAUUCUCCUCUCACUCCUGCCAUCGUGCGUCCCAGCUCCGCCUCUGCCACCUCAGAAACAGGCCCUUUCCACGCGUCCAGGGAGCCCGCCACUGGUCCUCAGCGCUCCAAGUCAACCAGCUCGACAUCAAAGGGUGACCGGGAGAAGCGGAAGCGGUCCCGAGUCACACCCGAGCAGCUUGUCCACCUUGAAAGGUUCUUUGCCGUUGACCGCAGCCCCACCGCUGCUCGUCGGAAAGAAAUCAGCGACAUGCUUGGUAUGCAGGAGAGGCAGACCCAAAUAUGGUUCCAGAAUCGACGUGCCAAAGCAAAACUACAGGAUGGCAAGAAGGGGCGAGGAACGAGCACCGAGACUCCUCCGGAUACACCUCCAGAAUUGUCAACUGGCUAUGAAGCCGAGCUCCAUAACCUUAUUCAUGAGGACGAACCUGUAACCAUCAUACCAUGCACGGAUUUAUCCAUCGGGACUUGGCGCAGGAUAGCGACCACUGUAGGCAAACACGACCUCGUCGCAUAUCUCUGUGACACGAAGCGCUGCCUAACAUGGUUCAUACAAUCUGCUGGGUAUGGGUUCAAGAUGGAGAUACCCUUUGACAUCAUCGCCGACACAGAGUUCACCAAUGCCGCGCCCGGGUCCGGCCUCGCUACGUUCCUUCUUUCACAGCCACCGAACUUCUAUCUGGAAAGUCUCUCGCCUUCUGGUCAAGGGCCGAUCCGUCACUGGAAGAAAUGCGCUGAUUGGACGGAGGGUCAACAAGCGACCCAAGUCCUCCGCCAUGAUUUGAUUGGAUCAGCAGUGCAGCUCGCACAUGUUCUUCGCCACUUGAAUGCGUAUACUCAAGGAUCAGACAUUCACUUGCACGCUCCC